AUAGGACUUCAAAACAAAAGCAAUGGAGUUUUCUUAUAUUAUUUCUCCAUUGCUUUUGUUCUUCUUUUUGCUUCAAACAUCAUCUGUUCAUACCAAAAAGUCUUACAUUGUUUACUUGGGAUCGGAAUCGAACCCGAGUAUAUAUGAUGUUCAACUUGCGACCGAAUCUAAAUAUGAUAUAUUAGGAACUGUCAAGGGAAGCAAAGUGGCAGCUAAAGAAUCGAUUCUCUAUACGUAUAAUAGAUGUAUUAAUGGCUUUGCUGCUGUUCUUGAUGAUAAAGAAGUUACGGCUCUUGCAAAGAACCCGAGCGUGGUGUCGAUUUUUGAAAAUAGGGAAAGAAAAUUGCAUACAACACGAUCAUGGAGUUUUCUGGGGGUUGGUAGUGAUCGAGGAAUUCCUUGGAACUCCAUUUGGAAGGCUUCUAAGUUUGGGGAAGAUGUAAUUAUCGGGAACCUCGACACGGGCGUUUGGCCAGAGUCCCACAGCUUCCACGAUUCUGGCUAUGGCCCGGUUCCUUCAAGGUGGAUGGGAGCUUGUGAAGGCGGUUCUAACUUUAGUUGCAACAGGAAGUUGAUCGGAGCAAGAUAUUUCUACCGAGGAUAUGAAAUGAUCAAUGGUCCUCUCAACAUUAGCUCACUAAACGCACGAGACCAUGAAGGCCAUGGUACACACACAUUGUCCACUGCCGGUGGUAACUUUGUACGAGGAGCCAACGUGUUUGGCAAUGGCAAUGGGACAGCAAAAGGAGGCGCCCCCAAAGCUCGUGUUGCUGCCUACAAGGUAUGCUGGCCUCAAGGCAAGUGUUCUGAUGCCGAUCUCUUAGCUGGUAUCGAAGCCGCUAUCAGCGACGGUGUCGACGUUCUCUCGAUCUCUCUCGGUGCAGCAGCUCAGGACUUUGCUGAUGACCCAAUUUCAGUAGGGGCAUUCCAUGCCAUUCAACAAGGAAUCAUUGUAGUUUGCUCUGCCGGAAAUGAUGGCCCGCUCCCUGGGACUGUCACCAAUGUAUCUCCAUGGAUGUUCACUGUUGGAGCUAGUUCCAUCGACCGAGGCUUCUUCAGUUACGUGUAUCUCGGAAACAAGAAGCAGGUAAAGGGUUCGAGUCUUUCAUCCGGAGGAUUGCCACGUGGUAAAUUGUACCCUUUGAUGAAUUCUGUGAAUGCAAAAGCUUCCAAUGCCUCAGAUGGACUUGCCCAACUUUGCGAGGAGGGAUCACUUGAUCCCAUGAAGGCAAGAGGGAAGAUUAUAGUAUGUCUUCGAGGAGACAACGGAAGAAUGGACAAGAGUUUCGAGGUUCUUCGUGUCGGUGGUGUCGGUAUGAUUCUGGUUAACGACAAGAUCAGUGGUUCGGACAUUGAAACUGAUGCACACAUGCUUCCUACUUCACAUGUAAGCUAUAUUGAUGGCCUCUCCAUCGCUGAAUAUUUGAAAUCCACCAAAAGGCCUGUGGCUUCCAUAACUCCGGUAAGGACAGAGAUAGGGAUUAAACCAUCGCCUGUCAUGGCUCCAUUCUCGUCAAGAGGCCCUAAUCACAUAGCAGAGGCCAUGAUCAAGCCUGAUAUAUCAGCACCGGGUGUGAAUAUAAUCGCAUCUUUCACGAAAGCGGUAGCAGCAACAGACUUGCCAUUUGACAAACGUCGAGUGCCUUUCAACGUUCAAUCCGGCACAUCCAUGUCAUGCCCGCACAUCGCAGGCGUUGCAGGCCUUCUUAAGAAACUUCAUCCUACAUGGAGUCCUGCAGCUAUCAAAUCUGCUAUUAUGACUACAGCCAAAACGAGAGACAACACCAAGAACACAAUGUUGGACUUCAACAAAGUGAAGGCUACCCCAUUUGAUUAUGGAGCAGGACAUGUCCAUCCAAACGAUGCCAUGGACCCCGGCCUCGUUUACGACACGACGAUUGAUGACUACUUGAACUUCUUAUGUAUGCAGGGCUAUAACUCACUCACGCUCAAGAAAUUCUCUAAUAAGCCAUUUGUUUGUGCCAAGAACUUCGCAAGCACCGACCUCAACUAUCCAUCCAUCUCGGUCCCCAAGUUGCAAAUUGGUGUACCGGUGACGGUGAAUAGAAGAGUUAAGAAUGUGGGAAGCGCAGGCACGUAUGUGGCGCGGGUGAGGAUGCCCAAGGGCAUUACAGUUAUGGUGGAGCCAAGUACGUUGCAAUUUCACAGCGUAGGAGAAGAGAAGGCUUUCAAACUUGUAUUUCAUUACGCACAGAAAGUGCGGCGUCCUGGCUAUGUUUUUGGGGCAUUGGUAUGGUCAGAUGGGAAGCAUUUUGUUAGAAGUCCUAUUGCAGUGAAUUUGGUAAACUUCAAAGCAAAAGCAAUGGAGGAAUAUAAUAAGAUUUCUCCAUUGCUUUUGUUUUUCUUUAUGCUCCACACAGCGGCUGUUCCUACCAAGAACUCCUACAUUGUCUAUUUGGGAUCACACUCCUUCGCCCCAAAUCCAAGUGUAUACGACGUCCAACUUGCAACCGAGUCUCAGUAUGAUAUAUUAGGAUCCGUCAAGGGAAGCAAAGUGGCAGCCAAGGACUCUAUUCUCUACUCCUACAAUCGAUACAUUAAUGGCUUUGCUGCCGUUCUUGAUGAACAAGAAGCCACGGCUCUUGCGAAGAAUCCAAGCGUGGUGUCCGUUUUUGAGAACAAGGAAAGAAAACUGCAUACAACACGGUCAUGGGGUUUUCUGGGGGUCGAUAGUGAUCGAGGAAUCCCUCAGAACUCCAUUUGGAAGGCGGCUCGGUUUGGGGCAGAUACCAUCAUAGGAAACCUCGACACGGGUGUCUGGCCGGAGUCCCCCAGCUUCAAUGAUGCAGGGUAUGGCCCUGUUCCUUCAAGGUGGAGGGGAGCUUGCGAAGGCGGCUCCAAAUUUCGAUGCAACAGGAAGUUGAUUGGAGCACGCUAUUUCUACCGAGGAUUUCAAGCCGCCGAAGGUCCAUUGACAACGCACAACAUCAGCUUCGACAGUGCACGAGACCAUGAAGGCCAUGGAUCGCACACUUUGUCCACUGCGGGCGGCAACUUUGUCCAUGGAGUCAAUGUGUUUGGCAAUGGAAAUGGGACUGCGAAAGGAGGUUCCCCCAGGGCUCGUGUUGUUGCCUACAAGGUCUGCUGGCCUUCAAAAAAUGGCGGCUGUUACGAUUCCGAUAUCUUAGCAGGCAUCGAGGCCGCCAUCAGCGACGGUGUGGAUGUUCUUUCGGCCUCUAUUGGCACGCUAGCUCAAGAGUUUGCUAAUGACGCUAUUUCGAUAGGGGCGUUCCAUGCGGUUCAGCACGGAAUCGUCGUGGUUUGCUCGGCCGGGAAUGACGGCCCGUCUCCCGGGAGUGUGAGCAAUGUGUCUCCUUGGAUGGUCACUGUUGGAGCAAGUACCAUCGACCGUGACUUUGUCAGUUAUGUGGUCCUGGGGAACAAGAAGCGAUUUAGGGGUUCAAGCCUUUCAUCCAGUCGAUUGCCCGCUGGUAAGUUCUACCCUUUGAUAAAGGCUGUGCAAGUGAAAGCUGCCAAUGCCACUGAUGGGUUUGCCCAACUUUGCAUGGAUGGAACACUCGAUCCCACAAAGGCAAAAGGCAAGAUUAUAGUUUGCCUUCGAGGAGAAAAUGCAAGAGUGAGCAAGGGGUUCGAGGUUUUUCGUGUCGGUGGUGUCGGGAUGGUUCUGGUAAAUAACCAGAUGGACGGUUCAGCUCUUGUAGCUGAUCCACACAUACUUCCUGCUUCUCAUCUAAGCUAUGCGGAUGGAGUUUCCAUCGCUCAAUAUUUGAGCUCCACCAAAACACCCGUGGCUUCCAUAACCCAUGCAAGCACAGAGAUGGGAAUUAAACCAUCGCCUCUCAUGGCUUCAUUUUCCUCAAGAGGCCCUGAUUUCAUCACACAGGCUGUAAUCAAGCCUGAUAUAACAGCACCGGGUGUAAAUAUAAUCGCAUCUGUCACCGACGAUAUAUCAGCAUCAGGCUUGCCACUUGAUAAACGUCGAGUGCCUUUUAACAUCGAGUCUGGCACUUCCAUGUCAUGCCCACACAUCUCUGGUGUUGCAGGCCUUCUAAAGACUCUGCAUCCCACGUGGAGUCCUGCAGCUAUCAAAUCCGCCGUCAUGACUACAGCCAAAACUAGAGACAACACCAAGAACACAUUAUUGGACUACACCAAAGUGAAGGCUACCCCAUUUGAUUAUGGUGCAGGACACGUCCAUCCAAACGAUGCCAUGGACCCCGGCCUCGUUUACGACACAACGGUUGAUGACUAUUUGAACUUCUUAUGUACACGGGGCUACAACUCCCGCACACUCAAGAAAUUCUCUAACAAGCCGUUUGUUUGCGCCAACAACUUUGCAACCACAGACUUCAACUAUCCAUCCAUCUUGGUCCCCAGGUUGCAAAUUGGUGGAUCGGUGACGGUCAAUAGAAGAGUCAAGAAUGUGGGAAGCACAGGCACGUAUGUGGCGCGGGUGAGGAUGCCCAAGGGUAUUACAGUUAUGGUUGAGCCAAGUAAGUUACAAUUUCACAGCGUUGGAGAAGAGAGGCCUUUCAAACUUAUAUUUCAUUAUGCACAUAAACUGCGACGUCAAGGCUAUGUUUUUGGGGCAUUGGUAUGGUCAGAUGGGAAACAUUUUGUUAGAAGUUCUAUUGCCGUGAAUUUGGUUUGAUCACAUUUAUAAUCUUGUAAUCCAAAUUCAUUCUAUUAUCAAUAUAUAAGCUUUCCAUA